CCUUCCCCUCCUAUCUGGGCCUGCGUGCGCGCGUCCUCCUCCUUCACGCGCCGCCGCUAGCCUAGCACUCUCGCUGGAACCUCUGGCCCGAACGUUCCCUUUGCCCUCCGGCUGCGGAGCGGGCGGGAUCCUGCACCGCCGUCGCUGCAGCCCGGGCGGGCGGGGCGGCGACAGCGGCACGCGAGCCCGGAGGAGGGCCGUACCACCAUUCGCCAGCACGCGGGGGGAGCCGCUCGCCCCGCCGCAAACGCCUCGGCGACCCCGCGGGGCUGAGGCGUCGCCGCGCCUGGGAGCUUGAGCGCCGAGCCGGCCUCGACCCCGAGCUCGGAGCCCCGCGGGCAGCGCCCGCCGCCGGCCCCACCCAUCCGGGCCGAGGAGGCCGCGACCAUGGCUGAGAUGGAGGAGCGGAGCCUGGACAACUUCUUCGCCAAGAGAGACAAGAAGAAGAAGAAGGAGCGGAGCAACCGGGCGGCAAGCGCCGCGGGUUCGGCGGGCGUCGCCGGCGGGAGCAGCGGAGCCGCGGGCGCGGCGGGCGGUGGGGCGGGCGUGGGGACCCGGCCGGGCGACGGCGGGACCGCGGGCGCGGGGGCCACGGGCCCCGGGGCCGCCACCAAGGUUGUGACAAAGGAUGAAGAUGAGUGGAAAGAAUUUGAGCAAAAAGAGGUUGAUUACAGCGGCCUAAGAGUUCAAGCAAUGCAAAUAAGUGAAAAGGAAGAAGAUGAAAAUGAAAAAAGAGAAGAUCCAGGUGAUAACUGGGAAGAAGGCGGAGGAGGUGGUGGUGGUGUAGAAAAAUCUUCAGGUCCCUGGAAUAAAACAGCUCCGGUACAAGCACCUCCGGCUCCAGUAGUUGUUACAGAAACCCCAGAACCGACAAUGACUAGUGGCGUGUAUAGGCCUCCUGGGGCCAGGUUGACCACAACAAGGAAAGCACCCCAAGGACCACCAGAAAUCUACAGUGAUACACAGUUCCCAUCCCUGCAGUCCACUGCCAAGCAUGUAGAAAGCCGGAAAUACUGAGCCUUCGUAAGGGUUGACUACCUCAGAUUUGCUGCACUCAUUGUGGACUUCAUGUGGAUCACAACUUCUGGAUAAGAAGGUUACAGCUUUUAAGUGUCGAUGUGAAACUUGAAACCAGCUCUACUGGAUUCCUAUCAGAAAUCCUGCAGAAAGUCAGCCAUCUUCUGGGUUCUGAUCUGCUGUAAAAGAUGAAGAUUUAAGUGACCUUAAUUAACCUGUCCUGUGCCCCAUUCAUAAGGAACACUCUGUAGUGGGUAUUAGACUUCCUGGAACAUGCCGCUCUCUAAAGAACUGAUGUGUUCAGAUAAUCUGUGUAGGGCUGUGAUUUAUAAUUUAAACUUUGAGUUGUAUUCUGAGGUAACCACAAAUUAAAUUCAACCAAACUCGGGUCACCAAGUGGGAAAAGGGGUGUGGGGGGGGAAUAAUCUUAUUUUUUUAGUAAUUUUUUAUUUGGGUAGUACUUUUUCUGUGUUCCAUAUUAAGGCUUUUUUUUUCUUUCUUUCUUUCUUUUUUUUUUUGCUUUGACUUGGAAUAGUUCUUUGACAGAGCAUAUUGCUUGGCUAAGUAACCUGAAAUAUGCAUUGGAAUUGUGAAACGUCUCAUGAAUUUGCCAAUCCCUAGAGCAGAACCAGAUGGCCUUUGAUACAAAGGGCAGUAGAUGCAGGGGGCUCUACUUCAGGUGCUGCUAAAGCUUCCUCUAAUCAGGUCUAAGUUGUAUAGUAAACUUGUGGAAAGAGUAUAUUUUCUGCCCAGGCCAAGGGAGUCACAGAUGUGUCCUUAUAAAUUCAAAGCAGUGAGAGCAGAACCUCAACCUAAAACCCACUGAAGUUUCAUGGAUCUUGCAUGAUCUCUGACAAGAAUUCCAGAUGCACUUGUGCCCAAACGUUUAACGUAUUAGACGCAGUGAUUGUCUCAGCCUAGCUCUGUCAUCAACCUCCUGGUGUGUCUUUUUACGUUGUUCAUUUGGAGAGUCAGGGGCGAAAGACAGGUGAUGUAGCACUUCUGUUUUUAAUGAUUACAGCUUAAACUAUCCAGUAAUUUUUAGUCCUGGAAAAGGACAUCAGGACGCUACCCAGGAUUACUGAAAAGUCUUUCCAUCUAAUGAGAUAGUCUGGUAAUUUCCUAGUUUUGUAUCUUCGGUUCAAUAGAAAUAUUUCAAAGUGGCAUGUGACCACUUGAUGCAGAGUCUGGAUUUCUCUGUAAUAAAAUCCCUUUGCCAAAUGUAGGAGUUGCAGACUUGCUACUGGCAAGAGUGAAGCAAAUGGGUGAGUAAAACUAUCCUGAUGUGGGAGCAUUUUCCUCUAGGAGUUCAGUCUUGAUAAGUGUCAGUGCAGGAAUCGCACUCCUAGGAGUGUUACAGAGUCAUCUGCUGUCAGAUGCGAACCAUAUCUGGGCAAUAAUGUUGGCAUUAUUUGAAGUGGCAGGCAGGAUGCCUACGUUCUGGUGUACUUGGGUGAGUAGCUGAGCCAGCCAAGGAGAGGUUGGAUGAGUGAGAAACAAAGGAUUCUUGGUUAAUCUGAAGACUUCAUUUGAGAACCAAAAAUCUUUUAACAAAUAACCUCUUGGACCUUGAGCCACAUAUUUCCCCUAAAAAGUAUGCAUUUUUUCCAGCAAAAUUUCGUUGGGGGUUAUGUUAUUGAGGAAUGAACUGAGACGAAUAUGUGGAAAUGUUACUUAAUGGCAUAGAAAUCUGAAGACCUGCAGGAGAUUUAAAAUUCCAACCCUUCUUAUAACUUUUUAAAAGAUUGUGAAAUUAUCAAAAUGCACAUGAAUCAAGUUUUAAUAUGCUGUAUGAUGGGUGGAUGAGGCUGUCCAUUGUACCAUUUCUUUCUUUGAAUUCUCAGGCAUGGUUUGGCAGUGCAAAAACUCUGUAACAUUAACAAAUUCAAUAAAAAGUAAAU